CAGUGUGUUCCGACCCGCGCGGAAUUGAGUCCGCGUGACAUUUGGCAUACUAAAAUUAACAUACCUGUAUUGUGAGAUAAUAUUUUCAAUUAUUUUUAAAACCCGUUAAAAAUUUGCCGUAAUUUAAAGAAUUACAAUUAAUUUACAUUUAUGCGAUAAUCUUUUAUUUAAAUUAUAUUUUUUUUAAAAAGUUCCAACAUAUUUUCUCAAAAGUGAAUUGCAGUGAUAUGUGACACAAUAAAAAACAAGACGAACGGACAUCGAUUUAGAGUAAUAAUUUUAAAAUGUUCAAGAUAUGACCGACAAAACGCGAAACGGGUUUUGUGGUGUUAUUUUGAGUCAAUUGGAUCCGGUAUUAUUGGACACACUGAGAGACGAGAUGUCUCAAGGUAUAGAUAGAUUUUUCCUUCUAUCGUACUGCCUGGCUUGCUGUUGGCCAGGCUUCGCCAGCCGAGCGAGCGAGCUGCGAAUCGUGAGACAAUGGCCACAGCUCGACUUCGUGUUUCCCAGCGAAAUGGCUAUGGGGAUAGCUAUGGAAAGACGGCACUAUGUACCGGGCAACUCUGUGCCGAUUGACGUCGAUGUACACCACAGACAAGGAGCACUAAAAUCUCGUAUUUUCAUCACAAUCCCGCGUUUCGACGAGGGCCGGCCGGUGACACUAGGCACGGUGGACGAGCAGGGUCGAGUCUCUGCCUACCCUGACUACUCCUGGCAUGAGAACCAGGGUUCCAACUGUAACGGCCUAACUUCCGUUUUUAGAGUAGCUGUGGACGAAUGUAACCGGAUGUGGGUGAUGGACACGGGCAAGAUUGGUGACACACAGUACUGUCCACCCAAGCUAUUGGCCUUUGACCUCGCUACAGACAACCUCAUCUACCAGCACGUCGUCAACGCGUCCAGCUAUGUUCAGAACUCUUUGUUUAUCACGCCGGUUGUAGAUGUCAGACGCAGAGGGCGUGAUUGCGCCGAUACUUACGUGUACGUGGCCGACGUUUCAGGCUUCGGUCUCCUAGUGGUGGACGUUGCCAGAGACCGCUCGUGGAGAGUGACCCAUAGGCUUUUCUUCCCAUUCCCCUCUCGAGGAACAUUCACUAUUGAUGGUGAGAGCUUCGAUUUGAUGGACGGAGUGCUAGGAUUGGCUUUAUCCCCCCACCGCCAGGGUGGCGACCGCUUCCUAUAUUUUCACGCACUGGCUUCGACCACUGAAAAUGUUGUGCGCACUUCAGUGAUCCGCAACUCGUCAUUCUUGCACGACUCCAAUGCUGAUCCUCAAUCUAUACACGUAUUUCCAGAUGAGCGACCUAUCCAAGCAGCCGCUGAAGCUAUGGAUCGAAACGGCAUCAUGUACUUCGGUCUUAUGGAGCCGCCCAGUAUUUGGUGCUGGAAUUCAGCUACCGAAUACACUCCGAGAAACUUUCACCAAAUAGCCAUGAAUAGGGAAACAUUGCAGUUCGCUAGUGGGGUCAAAGUGGUAAACAAUUUGAAAGGAGAGCAAGAACUAUGGAUUUUGACUUCUAGCUUCCAAAGAGUAAUGACUGGCUCACUCAAUGCCAACAGAGUAAAUUUCAGGAUUCAUGCAGAGAAAAUUGAGAGGCUUUUAGAAAAUUCACCCUGUAAGAAUCCCCCAAAGGAUCAGAGCCAUGGUUACCAUGCGAAUCGUAUAACACAGAAUCAUGGUCCCAAACUUACAACUUACAGAUAUGGCGCUGUAUCAUUUCUCUAGAAAUAAGAGCCAUGUCAGAUCACCUAAUAAGUAGUUUUAUGUGGUAUAAUUACUGGCCGUUCGGGCUUAACUGACACAUCGUGCCUUAAAUACGAAUUGUUAAUAAUUAUGUAGGAAAUAUUAUUUCUGUAUUUAACUAGUUAAUAAAUUAAUAUAAAAAAAUAAACGCUUGUAAAUCUAUGGCGGAGAUACUACCUAGCAUCCAUCAAGUAUUCUUAAGUUAAUUAGUUUAAUUUUUUUUUAUUUACAUUAAAUCAACCCGGAUGAUCGUACAAGGGUGUGAGAAUGAGACCUAUUAUUAAAUUACCUCUACGAACAGACCUGACACUAUUUUUGCUCUAUCUGAGGCAAGUUUGGUUAGAGUUAGUCUGGUUAAGAAAAUCUAGAAAGAUUGAAAACAUGGGCCGUCGAAGGCAAGGGAAAUACCCCGGGCACCGAAGCAUAGCAGAGGAAAGCGCAAUUAAGUUGCAAAAUGUUGAGAGAAGAAAAAGAUCUUCACAAUCACAGAGCCUGUUGUAUAAUUGAAAAAAAUUAUAAAAUCGUUUUAAGAAUAAUGUUGAUUAAAAUAUUAAAAGUUACCAAAUA